AUGGCCAGAGCUUGCUCUCCUCUAUGGUCGUGGCUCCACGUGUUGGUGGCGGUAAUGUUGACAGCGGCCGGGGGCUGCUGGGGCGGGAAGACGAGGCACUUCAAGUGGGAGGUGGAGUACAUGUUCCGGUCGCCGGACGGCGAGGAGAAUCUGGUGAUGGGAAUCAACGGCCAGUUCCCGGGGCCGACGAUCAGAGCCAGGGCCGGGGACACGGUACACGUGGAGCUCACCAACAAGCUCCACACCGAGGGAGUUGUUAUUCACUGGCACGGCAUCAGACAGCUAGGGACGCCGUGGGCAGAUGGGACAGCUUCAAUCUCACAGUGUGCAAUUGCCCCUGGUGAAACUUUCCUCUACAGGUUCCAAGUUGACAAGGCAGGGACAUAUUUUUACCACGGGCAUUAUGGGAUGCAAAGGUCAGCAGGGUUGUAUGGUUCGUUGAUUGUUGAUGUGGAAGAUGGGAAGAGAGAGCCAUUCCACUACGAUGGAGAGUUCAACCUAUUGCUAAGUGACUGGUGGCACAAGAGUGUUCAUGAACAAGAAAUUGGCCUCUCCUCCCUCCCCUUUCGAUGGAUCAAUGAACCCGAGACUUUGCUGAUUAAUGGAAGAGGCCAAUACAAUUGCUCACUGGCGGCGCAGUAUAACAAGUCAGCAGCAUUGCCACGGUGCACGUUAAGAGGGGGUGAGCAAUGGGCACCCAAUGUAUUGAAAGUGCUCCCAAACAAGACCUACAGGCUGAGGGUUGCAAGCACCACUGCCUUGGCUUCACUCAACUUGGCCAUUGGAAAUCACAAAAUGGUGGUGGUAGAAGCCGACGGCAACUACAUCCAGCCAUUCGAGACAAACGACAUCGACAUCUACUCCGGCGAGAGCUACUCCGUCAUCUUCAACACAAACCAAAACCCUUCAACCAAUCACUGGAUCUCCAUCGGAGUCCGUGGCCGGCAACCUCGAACCCCGCAAGCCCUAGCACUGCUAAACUAUCUUCCAAACUCUGCAUCAAAGCUCCCUCUCUCGCCACCACCUCCAACUCCCCAAUGGAACGACUACGCCCACAGCAAGUCGUUCACCAACAAGCUGACAUCCCUCAUGGGCACCCCUCAGCCUCCGACGACCACCCACCGUCGAAUCGUCCUGCUCAACACGCAGAACAGGAUCAACGGCUACAUCAAGUGGGCAAUCAAUAAUGUCUCACUGUCUCUGCCUCCCACUCCUUACCUGGGGUCGAUCAAGCACGGCCUGAAGGCUGCAUUCGACCAGACCCCGCCACCAGAGAGCUUCGCGGCAGGGUACAACAUCAUGGUGCCUCCGGUGAAUCCCAACACGACGACGGGGAAUGGGGUGUACGAGAUCGAGUUCAACACGACGGUGGAUGUGAUCCUGCAGAACGCGAACGCGUUGGCAGCGAACACGAGCGAGAUCCACCCGUGGCAUCUGCACGGGCAUGAUUUCUGGGUGCUGGGGUAUGGUGAAGGGAGGUUUGAGGAAGGUGAUGAGAAGAUGUUCAACUUGAAGAACCCGCCGCUGAGGAACACGGCGGUGAUUUUCCCUUAUGGGUGGACGGCGUUGAGGUUCGUGGCAGAUAAUCCUGGUGUCUGGGCGUUUCAUUGUCACAUUGAGCCGCAUUUGCAUAUGGGGAUGGGUGUUGUGUUUGCAGAGGGUGUGCAUCUUGUUGGGGACGUGCCUAGUGAGGCGCUGGCUUGCGGGUUGACCGGCAAGAGGCUCGCCGGCACCGGCGGGAGAUGA